UCGUUCUAUGCACAUACACAUUCUUGUUCCGUCAGUUGGUUGGAAAGGACGUACCGCAGCAAAGCUGUUCUCAUUCGUGUUUCAAAGUGAAGGUUUCCGUGUGAAUUCUAGUGACCGCCAGAAAGCAAACGUGACCGAAUUAAGGAUUUCAAACAUCCUCGCAACACUUCGGCUUCUGUUCGUACGAAAUCGUGCGUGGAAAAGUGAUCAUUUUCCGCCGAUAGCACGCUGCGUGCACUAUCGUAUUACACCGUUUCAUACACUCACACCUAUAACCACCGCUGUUAACAAACAUUUCUUCUCGAAAGGACGAGCUGCUCCUAGUCAGCAACUAUUCCGGUGCAUCGAGCAGAAAGUGGUGUUGUGUGCGAUAUAAAGUUCCGGUCGUCGCGCGAGUUUGGAUACCGGAAUUAGUUCAUGCAUACAACGCAUUAAUCUCGAGCAUCUAUCAUCUUACUCAACAUCCUCAGUCUUCCGUUAGUUACUGCUGUGGUGUAGUCUCAUAGUCACAAUACUGUGCUUGGACAUAGUGUAUGUUCGAUAGACUUCGUAGUGUACUUGAAGCUCAGUAUAUCAAGUGUACCAUUGUACCUAGUACAUCAGUCUGUUGAACUGUCAGUGUCGUGUUCUGUUAGUGUCAGUAGAGUAUACUAAGAAUAUCUUCGUCAUAAACAUUAUAAAAAACAUUUAACCAAUUAGUGUAAGUGAAAUUUGUUGGUAUUUCAAGUGCAUCGAGAACUGUAGCGCAUUAUAGUUGUGCGGUUCUAGUGUGUCAGUGAAUUGAAUUUGCAUCAGAAUAGUGAUUGAACGUUAUUGAAACAAGUCGCUUAAAGCACUAUUCGUACACAUUUAAUCUAACUUGCCGUUUAGAAUGGCCCCACCCAACAAUGAGUGUACGUAUGAAGUAAUCAACAAUGUCGCCGUUUCGGAUGAGCUGGCCCAACGAUCUACCGAAAGCGACGAGAUGCCCAAGAUGCAGAUGGACUGGGAUACUCCCGCCGCUCAAGGGCUUUACGAUCCACAGAACGAGCACGAAGCCUGUGGCGUUGGAUUCAUUGUGUCGAUCGAAGGAAAACCGAACCAUAAGAUCUUACGCGAUGCUCAAACUCUUGCCAUACGCAUGAACCAUCGAGGUGCGUGCGCCUGUGAUAACGAUACCGGCGAUGGUGCAGGUGUUUGCACUUCGAUUCCUCAUCAGCUGUAUGCCAAGGAGCUGGCUUCUCAAGGCAUCGAUCUUCCCGCGUUUGGCCGUUACGCGACGGGUAUCUUCUAUCUGGACAAGACAUCGCACGAGGAAGCAGAAAAGGAGUUUAACUCCCUGGCCGAAAGCCUCGGAAUACAGGUGAUCUACUGGCGUAAUGUUCCCACCAAUCAGGAGGCAGUCGGUGCAGUAGCACGCAAAAGUGAACCAUUAUCCCGUCAGGUGUUCGUUACUGCCGACGUGGACGAGGAAACGUUUAAGCGACAUGUCUUCAUUUUGCGCAAGCGUGCCACGCACGAGCUGCAGCGCCCAGGCCGUCGGUUCUACAUUUGCUCACUUUCGCCGAAAACGAUCGUUUACAAAGGUCUGUUCACGUCGGACCAGCUGUGGGAGUACUAUCUUGAUUUGAAGAAUCCCGAUUUUCUCACCUAUCUGGCACUGGUGCACACACGCUUCAGCACCAACACUUUCCCGUCCUGGGAGCGGGCUCAUCCGUUGCGUGUGUUGGCUCACAAUGGUGAAAUCAAUACGCUCCGUGGUAAUGUGAACCUGAUGAAGGCUCGCGAAGGUGUUAUGAAGAGUGAGCAAUACGGUGACGAGCUGAAGAAGCUCUAUCCGGUUGUCGAGCCCAACCUAUCCGAUUCCGGUUCGUGUGACUGCGUGCUUGAAUUUUUGACUCAAGUUGGAAAUCGAUCGCUUCCGGAAGCUGUCAUGACGAUGGUACCGGAAGCAUGGCAGAACGAUCGUACCAUGUCGCAGGAAAAGCGUGACUUCUAUCACUGGUCAGCGUGUGUGAUGGAACCGUGGGACGGUCCAGCACUGAUAUCCUUUACCGACGGGCGUUACAUCGGUGCCAUUCUUGAUCGUAAUGGUUUGCGUCCGUCCCGCUUUUACGUGACCAGGGACAACCUGCUCAUCAUGGCUUCGGAAGUCGGCGUUUACGACGUAGAUCCCAAAGAUGUUACGCUAAAGAGCCGCUUGAAGCCGGGUCGUAUGCUGCUGGUGGACACGGAGCAGAAGGCGCUUAUUCAGGACAUCGAGCUGAAAUCGGAAAUUGCCAAGUCUCGCCCGCAUAGCGAAUGGCUGAAGCAACAGAUCACAAUGGAUGAAAUUCGUCGCGAAUCAGUCACAAAAACAAAUGGAACUGCCGACACCAACGGCAAUGGUGACAAUCAGUUGGUAGAGAAGAAAGGAAUUCUGGAUCCACGUCUGCAGCUGUAUGGCUACACAACGGAGACAAUUCAUAUGCUGCUGUUGCCGAUGAUCAAGAACAAGAAGGAAGCGUUGGGUUCAAUGGGUAACGAUGCGCCGCUUGCUUGUCUGUCGGCCUUCCAACCAUUACCGUACGAAUACUUCAAGCAACUGUUUGCGCAGGUUACCAACCCACCGAUCGAUCCAUUCCGUGAAAAAAUCAUCAUGUCCCUACAAUGUCCGGUCGGACCAGAGGCAAACCUACUAGUGGCCUCACCCUCGCAGGUACAUCGCAUCUGGUUGGAUAAUCCGAUCCUAAGCAUUCCGGAUGCUGACGUUCUGAAACGGAACCAGCAUCGCGGAUGGAAAACUAAGGUUCUCGAUAUUACAUUCCCAGCGAACGAGGGUCCACCGGGUUACAUAAACGGGUUGCGACGCAUCUGUACCGAGGCGUACACGGCUGCCCAGAAUGGUUACCAGCUGCUGGUGCUGUCGGAUCGUAACGCGUGUGCCGAACGGGCACCAAUCUCGUCCCUGCUUGCCCUCGGUGCGGUCCAUCAUCAUCUCAUCGAAACGCGCCAGCGUAUGAAGGUGGGCCUGAUCGUGGAGACGGCAGAAGCGCGAGAGGUGCACCAUAUCUGCGUCCUGCUUGGCUACGGUGCCGACGCAAUCUGUCCCUAUCUCGUAUUCGAGAUGGCAGGAGCGCUACGCGACGAAUGUGUGCUAGAUCCUGCCCUAACCGAUGAUGCGAUUUAUCGUGCAUAUGCAACGGCUGUCGAGACCGGAAUUUUGAAGGUGAUGGCCAAAAUGGGUAUUUCGACGCUGCAAUCGUACAAAGGUGCGCAGAUCUUCGAGGCGGUCGGUAUGGGUGCCGAUGUGAUCGAUUUGUGCUUCCGUGGUACGCAGUCGCGCAUUGGCGGUGUAACGCUGGAGGUUUUGGCACGCGAAGGUCUCGAACGUCACGAGCUAGUGCACGGCACAAACCAUACCGACGCAAAGAUCCUGCGCAAUCCCGGUCAAUUCCAUUGGCGUGCUGGUGGAGAAGGUCAUAUCAACGAGCCGGGUGCGAUUGCGGCACUUCAGGAAGCAGCCGUCAAUGAAAGCAAGGGUGCGUACGGUACGUUCCGCGAUACGACCAUGCGCAGUGUGCAGUUGUGUACGCUUCGUGGUCAGCUGGAGUUUGUGAAGGGACGUCCGCGCGUCGAGCUGUCUGAAGUGGAGCCAGCCAGCGAGAUUGUAAAACGAUUUGCCACGGGUGCAAUGAGUUUUGGUAGUAUCUCGCUGGAAGCGCACGCCACCUUGGCGAUCUCAAUGAAUCGCAUCGGCGGCAAAAGCAACACAGGUGAAGGUGGUGAGAAUGCUGACCGUUAUAUGAAUCAGGAUCCGCAGCAUAAUCGUCGAUCGGCCAUCAAGCAGGUUGCGUCGGGUCGAUUCGGUGUAACGGCUGCGUACGUGGCAAAUGCCGACGAUCUGCAGAUUAAGAUGGCUCAGGGCGCAAAGCCAGGCGAGGGUGGAGAGUUACCCGGAUACAAGGUGUCGCAGGAUAUUGCAGACACGCGCCACUCGGUACCGGGUGUGGGUUUGAUUUCACCACCACCGCAUCACGACAUUUACUCGAUUGAGGAUCUGGCCGAGUUGAUUUACGAUCUAAAGUGUGCCAAUCCCAAGGCACGUAUCAGCGUGAAGCUUGUGUCAGAGGUGGGAGUUGGUGUGGUUGCUUCCGGCGUUGCGAAGGGCAAAGCGGAACAUAUCGUUAUCUCUGGCCAUGAUGGUGGUACUGGUGCUAGCAGCUGGACCGGUAUUAAAUCGGCUGGUUUACCGUGGGAGUUGGGAAUUGCCGAAACACAUCAGGUGCUGGUGCUGAAUGACCUUCGUUCCAGAGUGGUCGUUCAGGCUGAUGGACAGUUGCGUACCGGUUUCGACGUCGUUGUAGCAGCAUUGCUCGGUGCCGACGAGUUUGGCUUCAGUACGGCACCAUUGAUCGUGAUGGGAUGUACGAUGAUGCGCAAGUGUCAUUUGAACACUUGCCCAGUUGGCAUUGCAACUCAAGAUCCUGUGCUGCGGGCCAAAUUCGCUGGCAAGCCGGAACACGUGAUCAAUUACUUCUUCAUGCUUGCAGAGGAAAUUCGCGAAAUCAUGGCCAAUCUGGGUCUGCGCCGCUUCCAAGAGCUGAUAGGUCGUACGGAUCUGCUGAAGGUGCGCGAAACCGUAUCGCACAAGGCAUCACUGCUCGACCUGCAGAUGUUGCUGAAGAGUGCGUUGGAUUUGCGUCCCGGUACGAACAUCGUGGGUGGAUCUUUGCGGCAGGACUUUGUGCUGGAGAAGCGUGCCGAUAACGAGCUGAUUAAUCGCUCGAUGGGUGUCAUUGAGGGCACCGAGACACACAAAACGAUUGACAUGAGGAUCAACAAUGAGGAGCGUGCGUUCUCCAGUACGCUUAGCUAUGAGAUCGCACGACGUUACGGCGACGCGGGUCUACCGGAAGGGCGCUCGAUCAACAUCAACCUGACCGGAUCGGCCGGUCAAAGUUUCGGUGCGUUCCUUGUGAAGGGUGUCAAAAUGACCCUGCAAGGUGACUCAAACGAUUACGUCGGUAAAAGCCUUUCCGGAGGUACGAUUGUAAUUCGACCACCGGAGGGCACUACCUUCGAAUCGCACUUGAACGUGAUCGUGGGCAAUGUGUGUCUGUACGGCGCUACCUCGGGCCGUGCUUUCUUCCGCGGUAUUGCGGCCGAACGAUUCUGUGUGCGCAACUCGGGAGUAACGGCCGUGGUGGAGGGCGUCGGUGAUCACGGUUGCGAGUACAUGACGGGCGGUAUGGUGGUCAUUUUGGGACUGACCGGGCGUAACUUUGCUGCCGGCAUGUCAGGUGGAAUCGCGUACGUACUUGACGUGGAUGGAACCUUCCGUUCGAAGGUGAAUCCGGGCAUGGUAGAGCUGCUAGGACUCGAGCUGGAUGAAGAUCGCCAAACGGUAAAGGAUUUGCUGCAGGAGUUCGUCAACGAGACCGGGUCUGAGGUGGCGAAGGAGUUACUCUCAAAGUGGCCCGAACCAUGCCAACAGUUUGUGAAAGUAUUCCCGCACGAGUAUCAGAAGGCACUGAAUGCUUUGAAGGAGAAAACGGUGGCCAAGGCCAUCACAGCCAACGGGCAUUCGAAGGAACCGCAGGUAAAGGAUAUCGAGGAAUCGAUUCAGGAUGGACAGCUGGCAAAGAAGAAACUCGACCAGGUGCUGGACAAGACGCGUGGUUUCAUAAAGUAUAAGCGCGAAACUUCCGUUUACCGCAACGCAGCCGAACGUCAGCAGGACUGGAAGGAGGUGUUCAAUUUUCCGCACGUACGCUCGCACCUGAAGGUGCAGGCUGCGCGUUGUAUGGAGUGUGGCGUACCAUUCUGUCAGUCGAACUCGCACGGUUGCCCGCUCGGAAACAUCAUACCGAAGUGGAACGAUCUGGUGUUCAAUGGUAAUUGGCGCGAGGCCAUUAAUCAGCUGCUGCAGACGAACAACUUCCCCGAGUUUACGGGCCGUGUCUGUCCGGCUCCGUGCGAAGGUGCCUGUGUGCUCGGCAUCUCCGAGCCGGCCGUCACUAUUAAAAACAUCGAGUGUGCGAUCAUCGACCAUGCGUUCGAGCAGGGUUGGAUAACGCCACAGAUACCAAGCAUGCGCACCGGCAAACGUGUAGCAGUCGUGGGUUCGGGUCCUGCAGGUUUGGCAGCUGCACAGCAGCUUAAUAAGGCCGGUCAUCAGGUGACGGUGUUUGAGCGUAAUGAUCGUCCCGGUGGUUUGCUACAGUACGGUAUUCCCACGAUGAAGCUAUCAAAGGCGGUUGUACAGCGUCGUCUUGAUUUGAUGACGGCGGAAGGUAUCGAGUUCCGCUGCAACGUACACAUCGGGCGUGAUGUGAUGGGUUCGCAGCUAGAGCAGGAAUACGAUGCCGUUCUGUUUACGACCGGUGCUACCUGGCCCCGUGAUUUGAACCUGCCGAACCGUGAGUUGAAGGGUAUUCACUUUGCGAUGGAGUUCCUGGAAGCGAGCCAAAAGAAAUUGAACGGUGCACGACCGGAUUGGAUUUCUGCCGAAGGCAAGGAUGUGAUCGUGAUCGGUGGUGGUGACACCGGGUGCGAUUGUAUCGCAACCUCGUUGCGUCAGGGAGCUAAAACGAUCACCACAUUUGAGAUUUUACCUAUUCCAUCGGAGAAGCGUGCCCAGGAUAACCCCUGGCCACAAUGGCCUCGCAUUUUCCGUGUCGACUAUGGUCAUGAAGAAGUGCGUGUGAAAUGGGGCAAAGAUCCUCGCCAGUAUUCAACCACAACGAAGGAGUUUGUCAGCGAUGGCAAUGGAAACAUUAAGGGCGUUAACACGAUCCAGGUUGAAUGGACGAAAACGCCCACCGGUCAGUGGAGCAUGAAGGAGGUGCCUGGAUCGGAGAAAUACUAUCCUGCCGAUUUGAUCCUGCUGGCCAUGGGUUUCUUGGGUCCGGAGAAACAAGCACCUACUGAGAUGAAUCUGGAACUGGACGGACGAGGAAACAUUAAAACCUCCGUCGGAAUGUAUGGUACGGCCAAUCCAAAGGUUUUCGCUGCCGGUGACUGUCGUAGAGGCCAAUCGCUCGUCGUAUGGGCCAUUACCGAAGGACGUCAAGCUGCUAGACAGAUCGAUACGUAUCUGAUGGGCAAACCGAGCGCCCUUCCUGGUCCGGGCGGUGUCAUCGAUACCACCCGAUCACCGAUCGCUGUUAACGCCUAAACGAAACGCAACGAAGCGAACGCGUUUCGUCAAACGUGGGGAAGUGUACGUGCGAUUAACCCAACAGCCCAACAACAAGAGAACGAAUCAUGAACAAUGCAAGGAAGAGGAACUCCUUUAACCAGGAGGCUUUCUACUUGAUCACUUUUGUGACUCGGUUACUUAGAAAUGAGCCUAGUGUGGCAUAUUUAUUACGAUGCAACGAGUGACAUUUAUUUCUUACUUGUUACUGUCGGCUGCGCCUUCCGAUGGCUUUCGCUUCUAUUCUUUGCGGCGUGCUCAGGCAGUAGCAGAAGCGGCCAAGCACGUUGAAAUAUGUUCCGAGAUAAGUAUGAUACUGCGCACAAUGGUCUGUAAUAGUAAGGAUAGCAAAGGAACAGCUUGUACUUGUAAUGGUUUAAAGUACCAAGUAUCUUUUAUUACAGUUGUAUCGUUCUGUGAAAGAGGGAGGAGUAAAGAACAACAAAGAGUGCAAGCAAGGGAAAUGGCGGUGACGGCGAACCAGACGCGCACAUUAUCAAAGAAAUUAUUAUAAAACGAAAGUGAGACAUGGAAUUACUUUCUGACUUCGUCAUUCCUGUGCUUUAUAUAUAUACACAUACACACACGCAGCUUAGCGAAUGCAUUGCAACACUGUUCAGUUUCUGUGCAAAUCGUGCAUUUUUUUGUUUAUAACAUGCAUCCUAGUGUACAGGUUGUUUUUUAUCCAGCCAAUAGUUCGUCCGUCACCGCCCGUAUCGAUAUCGUAGCGACCGCCCGUAAAGAGUGCAUUUUAAGGAAUAAUUUGCGUUCCUAACACAUCAAACGAUACCAUAUUUAAAUAGGCAAAAACAAAACAGGCAAAAGCGAACAUAGUCGUAGAAUGAAAUCGAAUCCACCCAUGUCAAAACCUGCUAACCAUGAAAUGGUGAGAUGCUUGAUCUUAGUGUUUUGUUGUUUAGGUUUAGGCAAAGCGACGGGUCUACAGACAGAAGAGUUGUAAUGUCUCUGGUUAAUAAGCAAGUGAAAUGUGGGGAUUAAUUUAUUUCUAUUUUCUUCAUUACAUAGCACAUCGGUGCACUUAAGCACUAUUAUAGCCAUGGCGAGAAGUGUACGUCAGUGUGAACACGUGUUCUCGCUUAGCUCGCGCCAUGUUCAAAGAAACAGUUCACACUCCAAUCGCAACAUGACGCAUAUCAUGCAGAUUGGUGUGUUUGAUGCGCUCGAGAUAUGUAAUUCAGUGCACGAGAUGUAAGGAAAUGUUAUUGUAUUAAGGGAAGGAAGUGUCGAUUUUUACUCGAGAACAAAUUGUUCAUAUUUUGUUGUUGUUUGUUUUACUUUUACCUUUAAGUGGGGGUGAGACUGUCCAACGGUGAUGGCAGCGAUAAAAUAUUUAAGCUAAGCUUUUAGGCGCGCUAGUUUAAAAAUGAGUGCCGUAUCCCGUUUUUGUACCAUCCGAGAUCUGUGUUAUAGGUUGCUUAGUGCGCGUUAAAAUAAUAUCAAAAUACUAGAGAAUGUUAAUGCCGUUUUUGUUGUUUUUUUGGACAAAAUAUUUUCCGUUUUCUACAGCCCCUACACGAAUUUUUUUCGAAAGCUAGUCUAGAAAAUAUACUAUAUUUCUUUUUUUUCUA